AUAGAGCCGAAGCCCAAUUACUAAAGCAUCACAUAAUCGGCAAAUCCAGCGGAGAUCGGUAACUUUCUCGUCUCCUCUCCCUUUCACCAAAAUCCUUUUUCCAUUUUGCUGAAAGACUAUAUAAACAAUAUACGUCCGCGUCAACCCCACACACUUCGCUCAUCCGUGCUUACCACGCUCCAUUUAGCAUUCAGAACGAUGGUGGGACCCACUGCUCAUGCACGACACGUGUCCAUUCGCGCGUGGAGAACCCCUUGUUGGAUGUGCUUUGCCCUAGUCGUCUGCGAACACAUCCUUCUCUCUCUAUAUCCACCAUCAACCACCACCGUACUCCGAUCACCUUAUUCGAUUUGCUGCCCGUCUCGCCGAUCUACUAGUUUCGCAAAAUUCUGUUCUGAGGAUUAGAAUGGAACCGAUGGAUAUCGUUGGUAAGACGAAGGAGGAUGCUUCGCUUCCCAAAGGGUUCACCUUGUCUGAAUCAUUUUAUUUUCGUCAUGAGUUUGCUAUUUGGGAUUAUAUGACAACUAUGACAAAGAUCAUUAAAGAAAUGUUGCCCCCUGAUGUUCGUGUUGCCCGAGAUACGCAGGAUCUUUUGAUUGAAUGUUGUGUAGAGUUCAUCAAUCUUAUCUCAUCAGAAUCAAAUGAAGUUUGUAAUAGAGAAGAUAAACGAACAAUUGCACCAGAACAUGUACUCAAAGCCUUAGAGGUUCUUGGCUUUGGGGAAUAUACUGAAGAAGUUUAUGCUGCAUAUGAACAACACAAGUUGGAGACUGUGGACACUGUGAGAGCUGGGAAGUUGAGCAAUAAUAUAGCUGAAAUGACCGAAGAAGAAGCAUUAGCUGCACAACAAAGGAUGUUUGCUGAAGCACGUGCGAGGAUGAACGGAGUUGGUACAGUUCCGCCCAAACAGCAAGACCCGGAAACAGAGCAAAAAUUGGACUGCUAGUGCAAACUUAGGGCGUAGUUUUUCUCUGUAGGCAAGCACCUCUUUAGUUUUUACAGGUGGUUUCUCUUUUAUUAUGUAGAAAAAGCUCCAUUGGCACUUUUUGCCUGCUUGUGAACGUGAGUGCAAUUUGUACUCUUUUAAUUAUGUCUAUAUUUUCUGUACUUGGUGAAUUUACUUCAGAAUAGUCUCUACGGCCUACAAGUGCUUUCAGUAUAUAUUUUUAUUUGUCAA